AUGGGCUUGUUCUCCAAGACUACCCCUGAGGGGGACGUAACUACUGUUGCUCCAGAGAUUGCCGAUGAAAAAGGCACUGGACAGAACAAUCCCGUCGAAAAGUCUGAUUUCAACGAUGACUUGGAGAAAGAUGCGCAAGGGGGUGUUCAGAAGAUCGAGGCUGCGGCCCAAGUGUGGACUAAGUGGCACAUGGUUGCUGCCUAUGUGAUUAUCUGGCUUAUUUACUUUAUUACAUCGAUCGAAGAGGUCGUCACCGGUGCUCUCAACCCAUUCGUCACCAGUUCUUUCCAGCAACACUCUUUGACUGCGGCUACCGGCAUCAUGGCUAGCUUAUUCGGUGGACUGACGAAGCUUCCCCUGGCCAAGAUCCUCGACACUUGGGGUAGACCUCAGGGCUUGCUUCUCACUCUGUUCAUUUGGGUUAUUGGAUUUAUCAUGAUGGCUGGUUGUAACAACGUCAAGACUUAUGCUGCCGCUCAAGUCUUUUCAUCCAUUGGCGCCCAAGGCGUCAGCUACUGUAUCACCAUCUUCAUUGCCGACACAACCUCCCUCCUUAACCGACCCCUGAUGCUUGCCUUUGCAACGUCUCCUUAUAUCGCAACAACUUUCGCUGGUGGACCAAUCUCGGACAGCGUCAUCGCUGGUAUUGGCUGGCGAUGGGGCUUUGGAAUAUGGGCCAUUGUGACCCCAGUAGUCGUCGGACCCCUUGGAUUCCUCUUCAUCUGGAACCACGUCAAGGCUCGUAAGCAAGGGCUGCUGGAAUCGAAAUCUGGACGACUUACUCUUGCUUCGAUAAAGAAAUACUGCAUCGAUGUUGAUCUCAUCGGCAUCCUCAUUCUUGCUACUGGAAUGGCCUUGUUUCUGCUUUCCUUCUCGAUCUACUCAUACCAGGCUGAGCAGUGGCGAGCACCAAUCAUCAUCGCUUUCAUCAUCGUUGGCGGUCUUCUCAUCAUCGCUUUUGUCUUCUACGAGGCGUACCUGGCUCCUGUCAAAUUUGUGCCGGUGAACCUUCUCAUGGACCGGACAGUAUUCUUCGCUGGGCUCAUGUUCCUCUUUGUGUUUGCUAAUUCGGCCAUCUGGGGCAGCUAUUUCAGCUCCAUGCUGCUGGUUGUCUGGAAUACUGGUAUUACCAAAGCCACUUACAUUGGCAACAUUUACCGUGUCGGCUCUUGUUUCGCGGCUCUCCUCCUUGCUUACUUCAUCCGCUUGUCUGGCAGGUUCAAGUGGUCCGCGACUUUGUAUGCGCUCCCUCUCAUGCUUCUUGGCGUUGGUCUUAUGAUCAAAUUCCGACAGCCUGACCAGAGCAUUGGCUAUGUCAUCAUGACACAGAUCUUCGUUGCCUUCGCUGGUGGCCCCAUGGUCGUUGCUGGAGAAAUGGCCAUGAUGGCUCCUUCAGACCACCAACAUGUCGCUGUUAUCAUGGCUAUUCUCGACCUAUUCUCCAGUAUUGGCAGCGCCAUUGGGUCAACCAUUGCUGCUGCCAUUUGGACGGGCACGUUCAAGAAGAACCUGAUCAAGAAUCUUCCAGCCGAUGCUCCGGUCGACGCAAUCUUCAGCAGCAUCUACACCCAGCUUGGAUACCCUGAAGGCACAGAGAUCCGACAUGGGAUUUCUCUUGCAUAUGGAGAGUCACAACGUCUCAUGCUCAUCACUAGUGUAUGCUUCAUAGUGGUUGGCUGGGGUUGUACUUGGAUGUGGCGAGAUAUCAAGCUUCGUGAUGUUAAGCAGACUCGUGGCAACGUCAUCUAA